UUGGCCAAAGAAACUGAUGUCUUUCUUUUUUCUUUUAAGCUAAAACUAAUCGUCACGUGAUAGGAAAACGGAACAUAGCAUUUUGUCUUUCAUAAUUAAAUUCAUUAACCAAAAAAAUGCAAUGGCCUAACCCUGUUAGAUAAAUAAAGUACUUGUAAACUAAAUAGCACCUAAAAGCUACAAUAUCCGUGGCCUAAUACUACUAAAGCACUUGAGGUAUCCUAGAGUACUACUACACUCUUUAGUCUCUGGGUGUUCCAAAUAUCUUCAGCAAUUCUCGUGUCGCUGUCACUGCGAUAAGAGAAUCCGCCAGAGAGAACGCUGUACUGGUAAAUCAUACAAAUAAAACCAUUGCAAAAUAGUUCACUGAAACAAUAAAAAAAUCUUAUCAGUUGGUAUGACAUCCACUGUUGUGUAGCGUCAUCUGUUGUAGCAACGGCUUCAAGCCAUCGGCUAUAUAUUUCGAUUUAGUCAAGUGAAAAUAAUCAUUCACUGGGUAUUUUUUUUCAUUGUGAUAGAAAGAGGUUCCUUUACUACAAAAGGUUGUGCGUAAAAGAAGACAAGAAUGAAUACUAUUCUGAUUUACUUGGCCUUAGCAUUAACAGCAACAACAAUUACACAAUCCAACGCUGAAGACACUACAAUAAACGCACAAACUACAGGCACAACGAACGCUCCAGUUACAGGUACAACCAACGCUUCAGUUACAGGUUCAACGAACGCUCCGGUUACAGGAUCAACGAACGCAUCAGGCACAGGUUCAACGAAUGCACCAGGCACAGGUUCAACGAACGCACCAGGUACAGGUUCAACGAACGCACCAGGAAACAAUGAAACUACUACUGCAAAAGGAUCUAGAACAGUUUCAAUGGCAGGAUAUUUUACUCUAGCAAUCAUAUUGUUGGUCAAGAUCUACGCAUAAGAAUAUGGAAGUUAUUUUGUUUUUAUUUUUUAGAAUAUAAAUAUGUUUGUUAUUGUAUAUUCAACGCUAUUUGUUCAUUUUAAACCAAUGCACAUAAUUUUUAUUACAACAUAAACAUGAUAAUUUUUUUUUUACCGAACUGAAUUGAAGCCAGAGACCUCGUUGACACCUCUCUGUCUGACCUGGUCUUUGAAGGCAUUAAUUACAGCGGUACUUGUCAAUUUUAAAUAAACAGAUUACUUUGUUCAGCCGAUAACCUACAAUUUAUAUAUGGGAGAAGAAAGAAAUAUCACGGAAAGACAUGAACAAUUAUAAAUGAAACAUGCUAACUUAAUCAGUGGUUUAACUAGUUUACAAAGAGAUGAAAGUCUGCAUCAAAAGAUUUUUUUUUUAAGAAAUGAGAUAACAGCAGCCUAUAUAAAUGUAAACAGAUGACCUUUACAUCAUCUGCCCUAUAGAUCGCAGCGUCUGAAAGGGUACAUAACUUUUUUUUUUACUUUUAUAUAAAAUGUGAACGUGUUUUAAAUAUAAAAUAAGCAAUAAUUGUACAAAAAUAAUUAACUAGAGACGUUUUACUAUCUACUUGAUUGUAAACAAUUGCAACUGCAUCUUUUAAAAAAAACGCACCAUUGCAGACGAUGGUCUAUAUAGGGCAUAAUUUACAUAUGUCACUUGGCUCUCUUGUCUUUUUUUUUUUUACCUAGCGUAUCCAAUGCAAGAACAAGAAGAACAUGUCCUGGAAGGAUGAUCUGCCAAACAGACUUUUUAGCACUAAAAUAAACAUACCGAGUCCAUGUUUUAGUCCACUAAGUCAACGAAAAAAAAGGGGUUGAAAACUUUCAUUAUAUUGGACGCUAUGCAAGACUGUUACCAAACUGGUGUAUUGAUUACAAUUGUAUUUAUAAUGAAACUCAAAUGAUAAUAAUAAUUUAAGACAAGAUGUGCUAAAGAAAAUAAGCUAGUCAUUGAUGCUAAAUUUAUUUUAAUUUCUAAUAUUAUGAUUCUGACAGCAAAAUAUGGUUGAAAAUUCAAUUUUAAAAUUUAUUUUUUUUAGCCUGCUAUUCACUUGCUUGGCAUAGCCCUGUUCACAUUGUUAACUCAUGUAACAUUUAAUAUGAUUUUUAUAUUUUUGUAACAAUGGUCGUACCUUUUUUAAAUGUAAGUAAACAAGUCUAAAAUAGUACAAGGAAUAUUAAAAAGUAUAAUUAGAAAAAUAUUCGUUACAAUAGACACUAUAUGCUGAAGGAUUAAAUAAAUGUAUAAGUAAUAAAUUUUAAAUAUAUAUUAUUUUAUAUAUCGAUAUAUAUAAAAGCUUAGAAUCUGUGAUAAAGGCAAAUGCAAAUCUAAUCAAUGUAAUUAUAUUUAAACAUUUAAAAUGUGUUUGGGUUAUCUUUUGAAUGCAUUAAAAGAGACGGAUUGACAGAUA